CUCGAGUGGAGAACGGCCGCUCGUGCUGCUGGAGCUUCUCAGGGACUAUCAACAGGGAGUGCAACCGACAACAGAGCUAAGAGCUGGGGGUAUGAAAGCCGCCAGAAUCCGCUCCCAUCCUCCUCUACCCAGGCCCCUGUCCGACUGACAACCAUCGGAUCAGAACCUCCACCGAAGCAGCUAUCGGACGAACCCAAUAUCGGUGACGACUUGAAACCAUGGAGCUGAGAGUGGGGAACAAGUACCGGCUCGGCCGAAAAAUAGGGAGUGGUUCUUUUGGAGACAUUUACCUUGGUGCCAACAUUGCCACCGGUGAGGAGGUAGCCAUCAAGCUUGAAUGUGUGAAGACCAAACACCCACAACUGCACAUUGAAAGCAAGUUCUACAAGAUGAUGCAAGGAGGAGUUGGAAUUCCAUCGAUAAAGUGGUGUGGUGCCGAGGGAGACUACAACGUGAUGGUAAUGGAGCUGCUUGGUCCCAGCCUGGAGGACCUUUUCAACUUUUGCUCCCGGAAGUUCAGCCUGAAGACCGUCCUGCUUUUGGCAGACCAGAUGAUCAGUCGCAUUGAGUACAUCCACUCCAAGAAUUUCAUCCAUCGGGAUGUGAAGCCUGACAACUUCCUAAUGGGGCUUGGCAAGAAGGGCAACCUGGUGUACAUCAUUGACUUCGGCCUGGCCAAAAAGUACCGUGAUGCCCGCACACACCAGCACAUCCCCUACAGGGAGAACAAGAACCUGACUGGCACGGCACGCUACGCCUCCAUCAACACACAUCUUGGAAUUGAGCAGUCCAGGCGUGACGACCUGGAGUCUCUCGGCUAUGUGCUCAUGUACUUCAACCUGGGCUCCCUCCCCUGGCAGGGCCUCAAGGCUGCGACCAAGAGACAGAAGUACGAACGAAUCAGUGAGAAGAAAAUGUCCACGCCCAUCGAGGUUCUUUGCAAAGGAUAUCCUUCUGAGUUCUCCACAUACCUGAAUUUUUGCCGUUCACUCCGUUUCGAUGACAAGCCAGACUACUCGUACCUACGACAGCUCUUCAGGAAUCUGUUCCACCGACAGGGCUUCUCCUAUGAUUAUGUCUUUGACUGGAACAUGCUCAAAUUUGGUGCCAGUCGGACAGCUGAGGACGGGGAUCGGGAGAGGAGAACGGGAGAUGAGAGGGAUGAGCGGAUCGGAGGAGCCCCCAGGGGGUCUGCAUCGCGAGGCCUCCCUCCAGGUCCCAACCCUGGAGCUCCCAACAGAGUCAGGAACGGGCCAGAGCAGGCCAUCUCUAACCCUGCCUCACGGAUCCAGCAGUCUGGCAACACGUCGCCACGUGCAAUUUCUCGUGCAGAGAGGGAGAGGAAGGUGAGCAUGAGGCUUCACCGUGGGGCUCCUGCAAACGUAUCGUCCUCUGACCUCACAGCCCGUCACGACCAGUCCAGAAUUUCCACAUCACAGGUCAGCGUGCCGUUCGAGCACAUGGGAAAGUAGACUUCUUUGGCUCUGCAUGCACAUGAAACUGACAGGGCUGCAAGGUAUAUUCUUCGCUCCGGUUUGUUUUCCUUUUAUUUUCUACCUGGUCUUAUUUCAAGAUAAUUGCCAAUGGACACGUGGAUAUUUGGAAAAGGACAGUACAUUUUUAAAGGAUCCAGGGAAGUACAUGACAGCAUCCAACAUGCACUCUUUCAUGAACCCUCUUUGCUGAACCCUGGAUCACAAAAAGCAAAUGAAGGACAGUGCUACACCAUUGUUACUCCAUGGUUGCUCAUACCUGCUCCCCUCUUCCUUGAAGCAUUCCCUCAAUACCUUCUGUCUGACAAAUGUGAAGGAACUUUUGGCAUCAAAGAAGCAAAAAGGUAUCGGGGACACACGCAUGUUUCUCCUCAAAGGUCAACUUUGUGAUUGAUAUAGGCUUAGUAAAGAUUUAUCUUUUUCAGUUUUAACACAGCAAAAACAACUUUUCAGUGAAUGUCGUCUCUUUUUAUCUUUCAUGAGGACAUCUUAGAUUGGAGCUUGUUAUGGGUUUUCUUUCUUUUGCGUUUUUGAAAGAAGUAACAGCUAAAAGAUGAAGAGGUCGGUGGGGAGAGAUAGGUGAGAGGGUAGUGGACAAAAAGAAAGAUAACUUUGAAAGGAUAAGUAAGUGAUGUUUUAGCUGUUGUAGAGUAAUGUCUCUGGUGAAGUAGCAAUUGGUCCCUGCUUGCCCUUCAUCCAUCUAUGUUGUGAUGAUGUACUGUCCCUCAAAACUCAGCCACCAAAACCUCCACCGCCCUUAUAUUUUGCCUGUUUUUAAAUUGUGUUUUUGUUCGAUUUUAAUGUGAGCGGGUAAGGUGAAGAAUGACCAUAGAUAUUGCAAAGACGCACUCCCAAGUCUUGAGGGAAGCUCCUCAGGAAAUUCUCAGAGUAUUUGACCAGAGACCAUAGCUGCCCAUUUUGGCUAACAAAUAGUGGCUGCAAUUUUUAUGAUACUUCUUAAUGUUACCUUUUUUAUUCUUUUGUUAUUGGAGGUUAUUGGGGAGUGGGGAGGCUCUGAUAGGGAUUACAUUUGGGGGGUGGGGCAUCCAAUGAUUUUUUUUUUUUUUUUUUUUUUUUUUUUUUUAAAUGUUUACUUCACUGUAAAUAUUUUUUUUUUAUUUUGAUGUAAAGCCAAAAUGUGGUUAUUUGUUUUAAGAUGUAAAGUAGAAAAAUGCAUACUAAUGACUAAAAUAGGGGCUGGGUUCAGAAGUUUAGCUAUUAGUAUUGUGGGAUGGGCUACUGUUGCUUUGCCAGCUGGGUCAUCCGACAUUUUGUGUGUUUGUGUUUGUGUGUGUCUGUCUCCGUGUGUGUGUGUGUGUGUGUGCGUGCGCGCGCGUGAGAGAGUGUGUGUGUGAGAAAGUGAAACGGUGAAUCCCUGCUCAGAAUACAAGAUUCAUGUUGUCGUUGUUUGUGUUUGUAUGCAGAUUGUUUUUAUCAUUGUUCUCUUUAGUAUUUAUGUUAAACUAUUUUUUAUUUGUCAGAAAUAACUUUCCAUUCUUUAUUCUCUUAUUUCUGUUUCAUUUCAUUGUCCUAUAACUUAUUAGAAUUAUCUUUAUCAUUUAUCAUCUCUUUGUUCUUCUGUUACGCCUCAAAGGUUGUCUGUCCACCUCCAUGUAAUACAUAGGGCUUUCAAUAUUCCUUCUGCAAAAAUGAUACACCAAUAGUUUGAUGUCACCUUUCAAUUUUAACCUCCAGCAACCUUGAUGAUGUCAUUCAGAAGAAAACAGCUGAUGCAAUUGCAGGGAUGUGUAAAUAGCAGUAUACUGUGUGUAAUUACCUUUGUACAGGCCACCAUGACCCAGUGGCAUUGUAACUGUCGGGUUGGGGAUGGUAUAGAAGAGGCUGUGGCAAUGGGGAUUUCACUUUAUGUAUUGUGUACUGAUAGCUUGUACAGUUCUUUAACACACUUUAUUUACAACAGUAUUUGUGUAUAUUUUAUGAAGUAAUAAAAAUGAAUAACGUUG